AUGUACGAUGCGCUCCCCAACGCCACCUCGAUCCGGGUCCUCGACCUCCUCGAGGCCACCGCAAACGGAAUCCGCUGCAACAUGCACGUCGUCGACCUGGACCACAACCCCGCGUACGCGGCGCUGUCUUACACAACCCGCAACCCCAUCACGGUCCACGAGCGCAGCCUCUCCGACCGGUUCGUUCUAGACCAUCUGGAGGCAGACAACUUCACGCCCCCCUUUGAGCGCUCCGUCUCCAAUCCCACCCCUUCUGAGCCGGCGGUGCCGGAGGUCUUUGCCGUUGUCGACGAGGCCCGCCGCGAGUACUACGAGCAGACGCCCGAGUACGGCCAGAACAUGCCGUACGAGCGCGUCGAUGACGACGACAGCACCCCGUUUGUCAUCGAGGUCAAUGGGUGUGCCGUGCGGGUUGGUGAGAACCUGGUCCGGUUUCUGGUGUCGCUUGCAAAUCUGGGGACGCAGAUGGCGGAGGAGGCGUUGGAAACCCCUGAGCUGCUCGAGGCGAGGGACACGCUAUGCUUGCCUAUCUGGAUCGAUACCAUCUGCAUCAAUCAGAAGGAUCUGGAUGAGAAGGCCGCGCAGGUGAAGCUGGCGAGAGCGGUGUUCAAGUCGGCGCGGCAGGUGUUGAGUUGGGUUGGGCCGAGUGACAGGUUAGGGGACCUGGCCGUCGAGGCGGUGAACAUUAUCCUCGACUACAUGCAUUCUCAAGAGCUCCGGAAAGGAGAUCGUCUAGGUAUUGCCUUGGACCGCCCAUUACCGGAGAUGUUUACGCUUUCGAGCAUCAUAGAAAUGACGGCGGCGCAUUGGUUUGGGCUCUUUGCCUUUUUUCAACGAACUUGGUUCCGUCAAGCUUGGGCUGCUGUGGCGGUCAUCCUCGCCCAGCAGACGUACCUGAUCUAUGGUGAGAACAUGCUGGAUAUGGCUCUCAUUGUUCGGGUGCUGUCAUUUCUAGACAACCGAGGCUUGAGCUCGGAGUUUUGUGCCUUUGGCCGCUCAUUCCUUACCGACGAGGCCGUUUCAGACCCGCUCAAGCACCUUACGAAGGUCAUCGCCGCGGUCAACUUGAAUAAUGGAGAGCCCUCGUCUGUUUCGAACACGAAGGCGCUUGUGGUGGAACCGAAUGACAUUUUCACCUUCAUACGUGGCUUCCACUACAUACGACGAUCCGACCGGCUUAGGCUCACGUCUGUCCUCUCAGCACUCCGUGAUCUCGACGCCGCCGAUCCCAGGGAUAAGACUUUUGCCUUCCUCAGUCUGGCCGACAACGACUUAGGCAUCGUACCAGACUAUGGUGCAACUGUGCAGGAUGUAUAUAAAACGGCCGCCCUGGCCAUGCUGGAGGAAAAGCACCUUCUCCGCCUCCUUUCCCAAGUCCAAGAUGCUCAGAAUACCAAGAUCCCAGAUCUCCCAAGCUGGGUCCCGGAUUUUAGCGCCCGGCUCGGUAGAGUGCCGUUUGAUAGGGGAACUUCUAAGGAAUGCCAUUUCCACCCCUUUGGAGAGACUCUAUGGAACUAUGUGGUCCGUCCUGACGGGACGUUACCCGUCGUGGCCAUCCGCGUCGAUACGGUGUGUACCGCCACAAAUAUGGACAUCGACCCCGUGCCUCAGAUCCUGAAGGUGGCCCUUGGUUCGCCGGUGCGGUAUCCCGACGAACCCCUCACUUGGAGUCUCGUAAGGACAAACGACGGGAAGUCCUCCGAGCAGCUCCGUCUACGGACUAUUAGUCGUGUCGAGGCAUUAUGGCGAACUCUACUGGCGGACAACGUCAGAGCGGAAGGAUACUCUCCGGGUGAGUUCGCUGAGUAUCUGGGCAAUGGGUUCGCCAGCUGGGUGCUUCAGGACAUCUUGGAGACACGCGUUGCCGUCCACGCACUUGCUGAAACCAAACAGCAAUGGGUGCGAGUGUUUGGGCUGGAGUCAUUUUCAUCAAAAGUGACCCUAUGGUCGGCCAUGUACGAUGGCAACCAGAUCGUGCCAGAUUCGGAGGUGGUCGAGGCCAAUAUUUCCUAUCGUGAUCUUGUCAUCAACAAACUCCGUCGCAGAAGGCAAGACGAACGCGAACAGUACCAGCUCGACCUCCACCUUGGCAUCCCGGAACCUACAGUUGGCAUCCGCCACUUCCCCACUGCCAACCGGCUGAUGGAAUGUGUAAACGAUCCGGUCGACGAACUAGAUGCCGAAAUCGUCCCAGAGAAUCUUUCGGGGGCUUAUAGAGCCAACGCUCGCUCCCGAUUGACGUCGGAAGAACGAAAGAGCGCGGCAUGCUUCGAGGAAAGGAUGCGAAUAGCUACCCAAGGGAGGUCAUUCUUCCGUACAUCGCGCGGGCGUCUUGGCCUUGGUCCUAAGUCAAUCGGCAAUAAUCCAGGGUGCAAAGAUGAGGUCUGGAUUCUGCAAGGCGCUGAUGUCCCCUUCAUUUUACGGCAUGAAGAGGGUGACCGUUAUCGAGUCGUCGGAGAGGCCUAUAUUCAUGGUACGUUCCGCGGUCUCAAACCGACUGUUCUCGCUCGUGAGAUCGGAAGCUUUCAGGGAUCAAGAAUGGGGCCGAGAAACACCAUCAUCAGACUUCGACAUCACGCCUUCAACAACACCACUACGCGUCGCUCGUUGCCCGUGUCGGAAUACGACGCUUGGAAAACCAUCCCCUCCGAGAUAGCCAAUGGAACCUCGAGAGCGGUACCGAGAGGGAGUGGCGGCAACCCAAAGGAGCAGACCGAACCUGGUGCCGGCCAAAGCACCUCAUAUGCCGAGGGAGGGCUCUCGUGA